GAGAGAUGAGAUAGAGCAAGGGUUGGGUAGAGGGGAAUACGGGCAGAAAGGGGGAAAGGCCAAAGUGGGGAGAAUAGAGGUGCGAGGAUAAUAUGAGAAAGUGGGGCGGGGGUAGAUAGGAAGAAAAUUGUGUGAGAUGGGAGUGGAUUUAAUGAGUAAUGGGGAGAGGAGGGGAAGCGAGAAUGACACAGGAAAAUGGUAAAAUAAUACAAAUUAUGUAAUUUUGUAUUUGUAGAAAUGUAUAUAUAUAUAGACUGUUUAUAUGCAAAACAAGAUGAUGUGAUGUAAAAUAAAAGAUAUAGUGAGGGAGAAAAGCUGAGUGCUACAUAAACUGGAUGAUAAAUGGUCCUAUAAGAAAGAGAUGACAGACAGUUUGUUACUUUCAUGACAUGUUUCCUACAGGCGCUGAAUAGUAAAGAAACCAGCUUGGUGUGGUUACAUGCUCGAUUUGGCACAUGGCUGUUUCUUAGUCCUGACAAUGUUGGGGGACACUACUGAUCUUGUGCAGAACUUUGUGUGCCACAAAUUGUCCCAAAAGGGUUUUAGCUGGAGCUGCUGCCGCGAUCCAGUGCCUGAAGCUCUUUCCAAUGGAACAUCUAGGGAGCCAGCAGCGAGCACCGAACAAGGUGUGCAGAACACUGUAGAGCACCAUGUACAAUUGGCUCUUCAAGACGCCUCUGAGGAGUUUGAGCUGAGGUACCAGCGUGCAUUCUGUGACCUGACUUCCCAGCUUCACAUCACACAGGACACGGCCUAUCAGAGCUUUGAGCAGGUGGUGGGUGAGCUAUUUAGAGACGGUAUAAACUGGGGUAGAAUUGUGGCAUUCUUUUCAUUUGGUGGAGCGCUAUGUGUGGAGAGUGCUAACAAGGAGAUGAAGACCCUGCUUCCCAUGAUUGUCCAGUGGAUGUCUGCAUAUCUUGACACUCAUCUGGCACCCUGGAUCCAGGAACAUGGGGGCUGGGAAACCUUUGUCAGUCUAUAUGGAAAUAAUGCAGCUGCUGAGAGCAGGAAGAGCCAAGAGAGUUUUGGAAGGUGGCUGCUGACCGGAGUCACGUUGGCUGGCUUAGUCUUGUUUGCUUCCUAUAUAUCCCGCAGAUAAGCACUCACAGACUGCAACUAACGAGUGUCUAAUACACACGUGGGUCGGCAGAAUUUGUCAUGUGAUGGAGGAGUUGCUGCACCCUUUUUAGGAAGCUUUAUUAAAUUUAACCAGUUGUUAGAUGCAAAAGCAGCUGUCCUGGCAAACCAGUCUUUUUAUGCCAAGUCAUUGCUCUUUUUUUUUGGGGCAAAGAGUUUAUUAAAGAAGAAUAAACCCUUCUCUCUGUUUUAUUCUGUAUUGUAGUGUAGCUGUUGCAGUUUAUGGUUGUGUGUGUGAAUUACAGGAAAAAUGCUAGCGUACAUUCCAACUAUGUAGUUAUGUAGGAGUUGUUUAAACAAAAACUGUCAAGAAGUAUGUUGUAUACUACAGUAUUCAUUCUUAUUAGCUGAGACUCGGAAAUCUACCAAAGCACAGUAUAAGGACAGAGAAAACUUGUAUGUGCACAAAACAUACGUUUACCGUAGUAUGGGAGCAUGCAUUUUACAAUUAAAUUAUCACAAUAAAGCAUUUUAAUUAGACGUCAGCCAAAAUA